UGCGCGGGCUGCGCCGCGCGAGUGCGCGGCUCGGCGGAGCAUUACGGCGGCGGAGCGCUGGCCGGGCCGGCAGCGCGGAUCGCAGCGCGGCCAUGGCCGAGCGCCGCGCCUUCGCGCAGAAGAUCAGCAGAACUGUGGCUGCAGAAGUCAGGAAGCAGAUCUCGGGACAGUAUGGAGGCUCUCCACAGCUCCUCAAGAACCUCAACAUCGGAGGCAGCGUCUCUCAUCACACCACUGUGCCGCUCACAGAAGCUGUGGACCCCGUGGACCUGGAGGACUAUCUCAUCACCCACCCGCUCGCCGUGGAGUCGGGACCCCUGAGGGACCUGCUGGAGUUCCCCCCCGAUGACAUCGAGGUGGUUUACACCCCCCGGGAAUGCCGGACACUCGUGUCGGCCGUGCCCGAGGAGAGUGAGAUGGACCCUCACGUGAGGGACUGUGUCAGAAGUUACACGGAAGACUGGGCGAUUGUGAACAGAAAAUACCACAAGCUGGGAACUGGAUUCAAUCCCAACACCUUAGACAAACAGAAGGAGAGGCAAAAGGGGCUCCCCAAGCAGAUCUUUGAGUCUGAUGAAGCUCCGGAUGGCAACAGUUACCAGGAUGAACAAGAUGACCUUAAGCGACGCUCAAUGUCGAUUGAUGACACUCCCCGGGGCAGCUGGGCCUGCAGUAUUUUUGAUCUGAAGAACUCCCUUCCAGAUGCCCUUCUCCCAAACUUACUGGACCGAACCCCGAACGAGGAGAUUGACCACCACAACGAGGACCAGAGGAAGUCCAAUAGGCACAAGGAGCUUUUUGCACUACACCCAGCACCAGACGAGGAGGAGCCUAUAGAACGCCUUAGUGUCCCUGAAGUACCCAAAGAGCACUUUGGCCAAAGACUCUUGGUAAAGUGUUUGUCCCUUAAAUUUGAAAUAGAAAUUGAGCCCAUUUUUGCAAGCUUGGCUUUAUAUGACGUUAAAGAAAAGAAAAAGAUUUCAGAGAAUUUCUACUUUGAUUUAAAUUCUGAACAAAUGAAGGGAAUGCUUCGACCUCACGUCCCCCCUGCUGCUAUAUCCACGCUGGCCAGGUCUGCCAUAUUUUCUAUCACUUACCCCUCUCAAGAUGUCUUUCUAGUAAUAAAGCUGGAAAAAGUAUUACAGCAGGGAGAUAUUGGGGAGUGUGCAGAGCCUUAUAUGAUUUUUAAAGAAUCUGAUGCAGCAAAGAAUAAGGAAAAGUUGGAAAAAUUGAAAGGCCAGGCAGAGCAGUUUUGCCAGAGACUCGGCAAGUAUCGGAUGCCUUUUGCCUGGACAGCCAUUCACCUGAUGAACAUCGUGAGCAGUGCUGGGAGCUUGGAAAGAGAUUCCACGGAAGUUGAAGUUGGCACAGGAGAACGUAAAGGAUCGUGGUCGGAGAGGAGGAAUUCCAGUAUUGUCGGGAGGCGUUCCUUGGAGAGAACCACGAGUGGGGAUGAGGCUUGCAAUCUGACCAGUUUUAGACCAGCUACUCUGACAGUGACAAACUUCUUCAAACAGGAGGGGGAUCGCCUGAGUGAUGAGGAUCUGUACAAGUUCCUGGCUGACAUGAGACGCCCGUCAUCGGUGCUACGGAGAUUGAGACCCAUCACAGCUCAAUUAAAGAUAGACAUAUCUCCAGCCCCAGAGAACCCCCACUACUGUCUCACUCCAGAACUGCUGCAAGUCAAGCUUUACCCAGACAGCAGAGUCAGACCUACAAGAGAAAUCCUGGAGUUUCCUGCCAGGGAUGUCUACGUUCCAAAUACCACAUACAGGAAUCUCCUUUACGUCUAUCCACAGAGCCUUAACUUUGCCAACCGCCAGGGAUCUGCCAGGAACAUCACUGUAAAAGUCCAGUUCAUGUAUGGAGAGGACCCCAGCAAUGCCAUGCCGGUCAUCUUUGGCAAAUCCAGCUGCCCUGAGUUUUCCAAAGAAGCAUACACAGCAGUAGUGUAUCACAACAGAUCCCCUGACUUUCACGAGGAAAUCAAGAUCAAGCUUCCAGCCACUCUGACUGAUCACCACCACCUGCUUUUUACUUUCUACCAUGUCAGUUGUCAGCAAAAACAAAACACCCCCCUGGAGACUCCAGUCGGAUACACCUGGAUACCGAUGCUUCAAAAUGGGCGGUUAAAGACGGGCCAGUUCUGCCUCCCUGUUUCACUGGAAAAACCACCACAGGCUUAUUCAGUGCUUUCUCCAGAGGUUCCACUCCCUGGGAUGAAGUGGGUGGAUAACCACAAAGGGGUUUUCAAUGUAGAAGUUGUUGCUGUGUCAUCCCUCCACACUCAGGACCCUUAUCUUGACAAGUUCUUUGCACUUGUCCAUGCUCUGGAUGAGCACAUGUUCCCUGUGCGAAUAGGAGACAUGAGAAUUAUGGAAAACAACUUGGAAAAUGAACUGAAGAGCAGCAUUUCAGCUUUAAAUUCCUCUCAACUGGAGCCGGUAGUGCGAUUUCUUCAUCUCCUGCUUGACAAACUGAUCCUUCUGGUAGUAAGACCUCCUGUCAUUGCAGGCCAAAUAGUUAACCUGGGCCAGGCAUCUUUUGAAGCGAUGGCAUCGAUCAUAAACAGACUUCACAAGAACUUGGAUGGAAACCAGGACCAGCAUGGCAGGAACAGCCUUCUUGCUUCCUAUAUUUAUUACGUUUUUCGCCUACCCAAUACCUAUCCCAACUCACCAUCACCAGGUCCUGGUGGCCUGGGGGGAUCAGUGCAUUAUGCUACCAUGGCUCGAUCUGCGGUGAGACCGGCGAGCCUGAACCUGAACCGGUCCCGGAGCCUCAGCAACAGCAACCCCGACAUCUCGGGGACCCCGACAUCGCCGGACGACGAGGUUCGCUCCAUCAUCGGCACCAAGGGCUUAGACCGCUCCAAUUCCUGGGUAAACACUGGUGGUCCAAAAGCAGCCCCAUGGGGAUCCAACCCCAGCCCAUGUGCAGAGUCAACACAGGCUACGGAUCGAAGUUGUAAUCGUAUGUCUUCGCACACUGAGACGUCAAGUUUCUUACAAACAUUAACAGGACGAUUACCAACUAAAAAGCUUUUCCACGAGGAAUUGGCCCUACAGUGGGUUGUGUGCAGCGGGAGCGUGCGGGAGGCAGCCCUGCAGCAGGCCUGGUUCUUCUUCGAGCUGAUGGUGAAGAGCAUGGUGCAUCAUUUGUAUUUUGCUGACAAACUGGAUGCGCCGAGGAAGAAUCGUUUCCCCGAGCGUUUCAUGGAUGAUGUAACUGCCCUGGUCAGCACAAUUUCUGGUGAUAUAGUCUCUCGCUUUCAGAAGGACACAGAAAUGGUCGAACGGCUCAACACCAGUCUUGCAUUUUUCCUCAAUGACCUGCUGUCUAUCAUGGACAGAGGAUUUGUUUUUUCUCUUAUCAAGACCUGCUGCAAACAGGUGUCUUCAAAGCUGUAUUCCCUAACAAAUCCCAGUAACCUGGCAUCUUUGAAGCUGGACUUCCUUCGCAUCAUUUGCAGCCAUGAGCACUAUGUCACCUUGAAUUUACCCUGCAGCUUGCUCACACCACCUGCAUCCCCAUCACCAUCUGUGUCUUCAGCGACUUCUCAGAGUUCUGGGUUCUCCACAAAUGUCCAAGACCAGAAGAUUGCAAAUAUGUUUGAACUGUCUGUGCCUUUCCGCCAGCAGCAUUACUUGGCCGGGCUCGUGCUGACAGAACUGGCUGUCAUUUUAGAUCCUGAUGCAGAAGGUUUAUUUGGAUUGCAUAAGAAAGUCAUCAAUAUGGUACACAAUUUACUGUCCAGUCACGACUCGGAUCCCCGGUACGCUGACCCGCAGGUAAAGGCCCGGGUGGCAAUGCUGUAUCUACCUCUGAUUGGAGUGAUCAUGGAAACAGUGCCUCAGCUCUAUGACUUUACAGAGAGUCACAACCAGCGGGGGAGGCCAAGCUGUGUCGCAGUGGACGAUUAUGAAAGCGAGGGUGGCAGCAUGAUCAGCCAGACAGUGGCCAUGGCCAUCGCAGGGACAUCCGUCCCCCAGCUCACCCGGCCCAGCAGUUUCCUACUCCCCUCAUCGAGUGGCAGGCAGCACUCCACCUUCUCGACGGAGUCCAGCCGCAGCCUCCUGAUCUGCCUGCUGUGGGUGCUCAAGAACGCGGAUGAAAGUGUCCUGCAGAAGUGGUUCACAGACCUGUCAGUGCUGCAGCUCAACCGCCUGCUGGACCUGCUCUAUCUCUGCGUGUCCUGCUUUGAAUACAAGGGCAAGAAAGUGUUUGAAAGAAUGAACAGUCUGACGUUUAAGAAGUCGAAAGACAUGAGAGCCAAACUUGAAGAAGCUAUUUUGGGAAGCAUAGGGGCAAGGCAGGAGAUGGUCCGAAGAAGCAGAGGACAGCUAGAGAGAAGUCCUUCUGGGAGCGCGUUUGGAAGUCAAGAGAAUUUGAGAUGGAGAAAGGAUAUGACUCACUGGCGGCAAAACACAGAAAAGCUUGACAAAAGCCACAAACCAGCCAGAUCAAGGGCAGAGAUAGAACACGAGGCACUUAUUGAUGGAAAUCUUGCAACGGAAGCCAAUCUGAUAAUUUUGGAUACAUUAGAGAUAGUUGUACAGACUGUUUCUGUGACGGAGUCCAAAGAGAGUAUCCUCGGUGGGGUGCUGAAAGUGCUUCUGCACAGCAUGGCCUGCAACCAAAGUGCACUUUACCUCCAGCACUGCUUUGCCACACAGAGAGCUUUGGUCUCAAAGUUCCCUGAGCUGCUGUUUGAAGAGGAGACAGAGCAGUGUGCAGACCUGUGCCUGAGGCUCCUGAGGCACUGCAGCAGCAGCAUCAGCACCAUCCGGUCCCACGCGAGUGCCUCCCUGUACCUCCUGAUGAGGCAGAACUUCGAGAUUGGGAACAAUUUCGCCCGAGUGAAAAUGCAGGUGACCAUGUCUCUCUCAUCCCUGGUGGGGACAUCCCAGAACUUCAAUGAAGAAUUUUUGCGACGUUCCCUGAAGACUAUUUUGACAUAUGCUGAAGAAGAUCUGGAACUUAGGGAGACAACAUUUCCUGACCAGGUCCAGGAUCUAGUGUUCAACCUCCAUAUGAUCCUCUCGGACACAGUUAAAAUGAAGGAGCACCAGGAAGAUCCAGAAAUGCUGAUUGAUCUGAUGUACAGGAUUGCAAAGGGCUACCAGAACUCUCCUGACCUGCGCCUGACGUGGCUGCAGAACAUGGCUGGGAAACAUUCCGAGAGGAGCAACCACGCCGAGUCCGCCCAGUGCCUGGUCCACUCUGCAGCCCUGGUGGCUGAGUAUCUCAGCAUGCUGGAAGACAGAAAAUACCUCCCUGUAGGCUGUGUUACAUUUCAGAACAUAUCUUCCAAUGUCUUGGAAGAGUCAGCAGUUUCCGAUGAUGUUGUAUCACCAGAUGAAGAAGGAAUCUGUUCUGGGAAGUAUUUUACAGAAGCUGGUCUGGUGGGAUUGCUGGAACAGGCUGCAGCAUCUUUCUCCAUGGCUGGCAUGUAUGAAGCAGUUAAUGAGGUUUACAAAGUCCUUAUUCCUAUUCAUGAAGCCAACAGAGAUGCCAAGAAGUUAUCUACUAUUCAUGGUAAACUGCAGGAAGCUUUCAGCAAGAUUGUUCACCAGAGUACUGGCUGGGAGAGGAUGUUUGGCACCUACUUCCGAGUUGGUUUUUAUGGAACUAAGUUUGGAGACCUGGAUGAGCAAGAGUUUGUUUACAAGGAACCCGCAAUAACCAAGUUGGCUGAGAUUUCCCAUCGGCUCGAGGGAUUUUAUGGAGAACGGUUUGGGGAAGAUGUGCUGGAAGUGAUUAAAGACUCAAACCCUGUGGACAAAUGUAAACUUGAUCCUAACAAGGCCUACAUCCAGAUCACCUACGUGGAGCCCUACUUCGACACGUACGAGAUGAAGGACAGGAUCACGUACUUCGACAAGAACUACAACCUGCGGCGCUUCAUGUACUGCACCCCCUUCACGCUGGACGGCCGCGCCCACGGCGACCUGCACGAGCAGUUCAAGCGCAAGACCAUCCUCACCACGUCCCACGCCUUCCCCUACAUCAAAACCAGGAUCAACGUCAUCCACAAGGAGGAGAUCAUUUUGACCCCCAUUGAAGUUGCCAUCGAGGACAUGCAGAAGAAAACACAGGAAUUGGCUUUUGCCACCCACCAAGACCCUGCAGACCCAAAGAUGCUGCAGAUGGUGCUUCAGGGAUCAGUAGGUACCACAGUGAAUCAGGGACCAUUAGAAGUUGCACAAGUUUUCUUGUCUGAAAUACCCAACGAUCCAAAGCUCUUCAGACAUCACAACAAACUCCGGCUCUGUUUCAAAGACUUCACAAAAAGGUGUGAAGAUGCUCUGCGCAAGAACAAGAGCCUGAUCGGGCCAGACCAGAAGGAAUAUCAGCGGGAGCUGGAGCGGAAUUACCACCGGCUAAAGGAGGCCCUGCAGCCCCUCAUAAACAGGAAGAUCCCCCAGCUGUACAAGGCAGUGCUGCCAGUCACGUGCCACAGAGACUCCUUCAGCAGGAUGAGCCUUCGCAAAAUGGAAAUCUAAACGAGUUAAAAACCAAAAUAAAAAAAAAAAGCACUUAAAAAUUAAGGUUUUGAAAAGACAAAGAGCCUUGUUAUCAGCGCUGGGAAUCAAAGAAGUUUUACUGUGAAAUAAAACUUGGACUUCAUCCUGGACAUCCCACACACCUCUUCCUCCAUCAAAGUGUUCAGUGGCCAAAAAUCAUUAUGAAUUGUCAAAUGUAGACUUAACAAUGUUUGGAAAAAAAAAAAUCAUGGCAGUGGUAUCCAGAGUAUUGGUGAUGAGCUGUAAACUUACCUGUUUUUUAAGGCAUUUUUAUGACUCAAAGGUACACUAAACGCAUUUACCUUUAUUUAUAGCAUUACCUAAUGUUAAAUUUAUUUACUUUUAGUUCCUAUAUUUAAUUUAUAUUAGGACCAUACGCAAAUGCAUUUUGGAAGUUUUUAAUGUAGUGAUGAUGGUUAUUUUGAUGGUACUAUUAAAUAUGUGAAUGUUUACACUUUAAUUCCCUGUGCAUUGGACUUCAGAGCUCACCAUCCCUGGGGAAAAGGUUCAGAGAAAGGUAAGUCUUACGGCAUCACUUGUUAACCAAGUGGUCAUUUUUUAUUAUCCCAGUCCUUUUUCUUUGGUAACUUUGCUUCAAAGAAAAAUAAUUCCAUCUGUAGCCGGCAGAAGGCUGGAUGGAGGCACAUGUUGGUACCACUUCACCUCCUCCAGUACCAUGAGGUGGAGUUCCAGCUUGAUUUCUGUGUGUACAUGGUCAUUUCCACCAGCUGGGAAGUCCAGACAUCUCACCACUUGGAAUUAGCAGUGUCCAUGCAACCAAACUGCUUUUUUUGUUCCUUUUUUAAUUUAAAACCUAAUUUCUUGGGAAAAAAAGAACAUAAAAUGAUAUCACAGUUAAAAGCGUACAUAAAAAGCAUUCUUUGCAUUGCUGGUAAUGUAAAGACGACGUGUUUUACAGCAGUGAUUUUUGGGGUCUAACACAGCACUUGGAGGAAGCAGCAGAUUUGGAGCUGAGUAUACAACUCCUAAAUCUGGUCCUUUAUAUUUUUCUCUCUGUGUUGAACAGUCCCUUGGAAGAGGUGGUAUGUGAUUCAACACAAGCUUAUUUUCUCUAUAUAAAUACCUAAAUGUGCAUCUAUGUACAUGAAUACACACAAAAACUGAAUUUGAUAAACAUACUCUUUAUAUAUAUAUAUAUAUAAAAUAGAAGGAAAAAUGGGUUUAUACAUGAAGUGCACACCUUCCUGCAGCAGCAGUGAGGGUUUAGGUGGGAUCUUUGUUGUCCUCAAUACUUAGUUCAGGUUGUUGGAAGUGCUGUGGCCAAGGGGUGCCUUGGGAAGGGACAGUUCUGCUGAUUUUCCCUCCUCCCAGAGGCUUUUAUUCCAACAGCUUCACAGUGGUGGUGUUUUGGGGAGUGUUGUGUCAAUUUUUGACCGUUUCCCUUGAAUAUGAAUAAUCCUGAACUGGUUCUGUUGUCAUGGAAUGUAAUACAGAAAAACUCUGACCUUUUAAGGGAUAUUUAAAGUCUGGGGGUGUUGACAAGGUUAUGGAAGCAUCAGAGGAGUCAGGGACUCUCAUAAUGGAAAAUAUUAAGGAAGGAGGGAGUGGCUUUGCAAGACAUUUACAGGAAGAGGCAUUGAAAAUAUUUACACAGUGAAAAAGGGGGAAUAAAUCCAAAUAAGCCUGAAAGAACGAAACUUUAAUUUACAGCAGUCCUACUCCAGGAGAGUUACAUGACUUACUGCAGCAAGUGGCAAGUUCAGGAGGGUGGCAAGUGGUGCUCAAGUAAAUCUCAAAAAAACCCCACCCCCUGCUCCCUUUUCUCCCUGUGCCAGAGGAGUGUUUUUCAUUCAGAAUCUUUCUGUUCAGCUGCCACAAAGAAUCUUCUCCCAAGCUUUAUGCUAUGAUGGAAGGCACCUGGAUCUUCCUCACAUUUUGUUGAAUAUAAUGGCAUUUUGUUUCCUUGGAAGCACUCCUGAUUCUGCAGUUGAAUGAAAAAGAUAAUUCUCGGGUCAAGUGUGGAAAAAUAAACUUUCAUUUGCAGGCUGAAAUUCAGCAAACCUUAAAAAAUUGCAUUCUGUAAUAGGAUGGUGCUGCCCUUGCAAGGUAAGAUCACUGUUAUUUUUUUAAUGUAGCUAUUUCUUGGUUUAGACUCUGAAAUUAUUUAUUAUGAUGCAAUGCUUUGGAAAACGUUGUAAGUGCAUUUGUCAUUCCAGCUUUUUUAUCUAGGAUAUGCUGCAAAGUCAAGGCCUGUACAACAAUCAGACAUUGUACAGACACUAACAUGGAAAAUACACUAAAGAUACUUUUCCUGAGUUACCUCAAGUGUUCACACAACAUUACAAUAAAAGGUUGUAAAAAUUAAGUAUUGCAGAAUUAACUAGGUAGAGGGUUUUAGGGCUUUUCCUGUAAAUAAAUUAAUUUGUAUUAUAAUAAUAAUAAUAAUGGCCAGUCUUCGCGAGCAAAGAUCUGGGGAAGGUCUUUACACCUUCCAGCCUGCACAUUGGAUUUUUUAGGUGAGACACAGUGUGCGCGGAACUGAGCCCACCCUUUAAUCCUAAGGUUCAUCUGCCGGGGCCAAGCGAGCUUGGACGGUGGCAGCGAGGUCCUUAGGACGUAGGUGGGUUGCCUUUAAGGGCUAACGAGCCCCACCUGCGCGGGAGUGGCCCUGACCGGGAAUCGAACCCGGGUCUCCGCGGUGAUAGCGCGGCGCCUUUACCGCUAGACCACCAGGGGCUCCAAUUUGUAUUAGAAAAAGGUAAAUAUAUCCAGUAAACCAGGGCAUACUCACAUCCUGGGUAUCUUCCCUUGUCUCUCUGCAAUCUUCAUGUCAUUCCACCCAUCCCAUGACAAAUACUCACCUUGCUUUGUGUCAUAGUGAUUAAGACUCUGUCAGUUUAUAGGAUUCACCUUAAAUUGUCUAACAGACAGUUUGGGAUUUUCAUCCCAAAUAAUGUUUAGUGCAAACAUUUUUGGUUUUGCAAUAAGUAUCUGUUUACCCUGAACCUCACACCUCUGGUCAUCAAAUGCCUUCAAAUUAGGAUCUACUGUACAAGAAACAGUUAAAAAAACCCCCACAGAAUGUUAUUUUUAAAACCUUCCAUUUCUUUAAGACAGUUUACCCCCUUUUUAUAACUGUUCCCAAAUCACUUCCUCUUUGUUUUUCCCCUUCCAACACAAGAGUCUGAUCUGGUUGUCUCAGAUGAGUAUCAUAAGUUUUUUAUUUCAUAUAUACAUUCUUAACAAAGCAUCAAAGCCAAAUGCUUUCAUUUUCCUAUUUUGCAGUGAGCUCAGGUACAAAUUCACUGUUAAAAGGUCACCACUAAGUUCCAAACUCACCCAGACAUAUAUGCAGAUCAGAGGGCUCCACUCUUCAAAGUACAAAAUUAUUUUAAUUACACUACACUCUGCCCCUGUGUUGAAAUAUUAAUCACACCUAUUUACACUUUGCCCUUUAACACCUAUGCAACAAGAUGCAAAUUAGGCCAGUCAAGCAUUUCUAUGAAGUUCAGGUCCCUCCAAUGCACUAAACAAGGUUCCAAGACCCUUUUCCUUGUGCUCUGAGUUGCACAAAGCAGGAAGGAAAAGGAUCAGGAGAAUAAACCACAUCAAUUACCCAAAGACUAAAUAUGAAGUGUUACUUCCCAAGUUACAAAAAUACACAACUUCUGGUGAAAUUUGCUAGUUAAUAUACAUUUACUCCAGGGUAUGAAUACAAAUAAAUUUUAUUUAAAAAAAAAAAAAAAAAAGAAAAA